AUGGAAAUUAUCCAAUUUGCGUCGAGUAUGAGGAGGAGGAGAGGCUACAACAGGCUGUCGCCCAAAAACAGAAGCAAAAUGCAAGUGGCGAGAUUGGGAGGAGCGACGAAGCGUUCGUGGCGGGUGCGGCUGGCGCCGAAGCUGCGGCUGAUUAGGGCGGCGUCGCCGCUGAGGCUGUGGAGCAAAUUGAAGAACGCGUACAUGAACAUGAUGCUGAGGGUAGCUGAGAAUUCUGGAUCUUCGAACACCGCCAAUGUUUUUGGGUCGAAGAGGAUGCCCAAAGCCAGAGGUGCUCCCGCCACCUAUUCCAAUACAGAGUUCGAGAACAGGCUUAUUUUCGAGAUCUACAAAUCCAUGGUGUCUUCUUUUGAAUUGGGUUACAACAAAUAG